UGUAUUAUUGGAAGAUUCAAGGAAUCAAUUUGAUUGAUUCUUGAUGGUGGGCUUGGGUUUAAGAGAAUUAGGAUUUGGAUGGCUGUUUUAUGGUCGUUCAGAAAUGGGUUUAGGUUUAUAGGUAAGUUAAUGUUCGGACUUUUAGAAAUAAAAUGGUAAAUAAUAGCAGUUGCAAGCAAAGAAUUUGUGCACAAUGACACUAGGUACUGUGGCAAUAUAAUGCACAAAAUUCAAAGAAGAGUUUAGAAGAGAACAAGGAGAGUAAAAAGUGGACGUAAACAAUAUCUAGACAUCCAUGCCUCAAUAAACCAUGUAAUUAUUUUUUUAUCAAAUAUUUAUAAUUUAUAAUAAGUAGAGAUCAAAUCUAGUUCUUUGCUUACUAAUUUAGUUUCUGUUAAAUGGUUAAUUAGCCCUUCUUAGAUGUGCUUUAGAAUGAAACUUACCAAAAUUCAUAGCAUACACACUUGCAACAAGAAGCAGCCAAGUUGGACAGUUGACUUUUUAUUAAUUGAUAGUUAAUUGACUUUGUAAUAAUUUUUCUGGCGAUGAAUUGCUCAUUACUAUAAGUUUUGAUGGAUGUGAGGUUUAGACUCUGUUCUGCCCUGUUACAAGAUAUUUCAGUCGUCCAGUAUCUUCUCAUCCAUUGCUGUUCAAUUCUUAACAGCAAUUCUCUUAAGUGAAUGAAGGUUCUGACUUUUUUCUCACUGUUUUUUUAUUCCUUUGUAUGUGAAUAUGUAUUGAACAGAAUUAAAACACUGCUGAUGCUUGAGGCUUUAUUAUUUUUACCUUCUCUGUGCAUUUAUCCCACUGUGUAAUAGGCCAUCUUUUGAAAGUAUUUACUUGUUCUUUUAACAAGUCACUGAGAAGUCCUUGCAUUUAGGUUGCUAUCCCGGUGGUUCCCACAAUUAAAGUAUUGGUUACGUUUACAAAGUUUGAAGAACUGCAGCCAGUAGAUGAGUUUGCAACUCCCCCUUCAAGUCCAACUGCAGGCCGAGAGAGCCCUGCAGUGUCACUUUCCUCAACUUCAUCUUGGUUUCAGUGGAUAAAGGCCCCAUACCACCGUUCUGGGUCAUCAAACUGUAGUUCUAGCAAUAGAAUAGAAAACAUUCAAGAUCCCUUUGCAAUUCCACCAGAUUAUACUUGGAUCUCAGCUGAAGCGAAGAAAAAGAAGAUGCAAGAGAAGAGCAAGUCAAAAAAAGCUAGGAGUCAUCAUCAAAGAACUCAGGAUUGAGAUGUAAAAUAAGUUUUAGCUUGCGAAAGGAAGCUGGUACAAAACAAGUAGGAAAACAGCGUUCUCAUUCGUCCAUAAAAUUGUGAUUGUUGAUGAAAAAGAAAGUUGGGGAUAUACUCCUGGGUUGAAAUGCAUGGUGAUCCCCAUUGUCAAGGGAAAUUUUGGUAUAUCAUUGUGGGGGUGGAUAAAAAGGGUAAAAAAAAUUGUGAUUCUUACAGCAAUUCAUUUGGCAUUGGAUGGGAUAUUACAGGGUUAGAGAACUGAUUCACUUCCAUUUGUGUUACAAAUAUUGACUAGUUACUGACAGAAUUGGACGACUUACAUUUCAUCUGAAAGUGUUGAAUGUUAGUCCUUUGCUGGUUUAGUAUUUUUCUGGGGGAAUCUUCUCCUAUGUUAUGUUUUCCUCAUUCUAUUUCUGGGGUGCUCGUGUAUGUUGUAUUGUAAAACAAUCUUAGCGAUCUGUAAUUGAAAAAGACGGGAAUUCAUGAUGAUAAUUUUUGCCUUUUAGUUUUAGUACUCCCUUUUGCUUCAUUGCU